UAUACAUAACAUUUGACAAUUGAUUAGUAAAAAUAGUAAACUUGUAACAAAAGCACCAGUACCAAAAUCAUCAAUAAAUUAGUUAAUUAAAGUGAUAACAACAUACUUUUUACCUGAAAUGUGUUGAAUUAUACUGCCCGGUUAAUCCAACACGAGAAAUGGGAGUCUUCUGGUAAAAAAAACGACUUGUGCAUCAAUUUUGUGGAAAAAGCCUGUCGAUUAAUCGACGAAAGAAAAACUACUGAUGGAUUACUUGAUGAUGUCCAACAUGGGCGAUAACAACAAAUCCAAUCAAGAUUAUUGUGGUAUAGAAUCACUUGAUCUGGACUUCAUAUACAAUGACUGUGACACCUUAUCAAAUGAAAUCUCAGAGCUGUACAGCUACACAGAACAUCCAGAGUUACAACAGAAUGUCAAAGCAUUUGAGGACCAAAUGGAGCAGUAUGACCUGCCACCAUCCUGGCAGAAACUCACCUCUGCACAGCAUGCAAGUGUAGUAAUGAAACUAUUAGAUCAGCUGGAGGUUGCCAGCAAGCCAUUGAGAAUGCGAGCAGCCAGAUGUAUUUUAUACAUUGCACAAGGUUGUUGGGCAGAGAUGCAGUCUGAUGCAGAACAACAACAGUGGUCAAGAAGCAACUGCAUGUUAUUGUACAACCAGGGUGUGUUUAGUGCUUUCACAGAGUUAUUAAACAUAGAAAUUGAAAAUAAUGCAGCUGCGCAUGUCGCGAUGCGUAAAUUAGCUGUAUCGCUAGCUGAUUCACAAGACUUGCGAGUUAUCCUGAGUGUUUUGUAUAUGAUUACUGAGAUGAUGCGCAGUGAGAAGAACUUGGGCGAAGCUUCACCAUAUGCAGAACAGGUCGAAUCUUUCUGUCAGGAGAUAAGUGACUCCAGUGAUGAGUUACUUGUCAUUAAAUUAUUAGGAAUGGUGACACGAUUUUGCGGUGGUGCUGCAUUGCAUUUCCCAAUGAAAAAGGUAUUACUACUGUUGUGGAAGUUGAUUUUGGUGUCGCUAGGUGGCAUGGAUGUCCUCAAGGAGUUAAAACGUCAGAAAAGAGCCGCGCAUGGUUUACCGCCGCAGGAUGAGGAUACUAUGGAUAUUGCAAGGACAAUGCGGGCUUCCUCACCGCCUGUGAGUGCUACUGAUUUAUUGGAUACUCAGAACAUCAAACGGAAUAAUCGUCCAUUUCGUAGAUCACUAAUGAAACAAAGCUCUCUGGAUGAUCAUGAAACACUCGGUAUGGAACUGGAAGCCGGUAUGGGCAUGAACAAUGGCGAUGAAGUCGUCGAACUCUCUGAAUAUGACGAACGGCGCCCUCUGGACAACGCCGGGGAUAACAGCGGCAUCAACGGAUUCAACAACUUUCAAAACCGUGCAUGCACACCGCCGCCGCUGGCAAUCCCAGAGAAUCGCGGCUUGCCGUGGAAACCAAAAGUCCGCCAGAAGGAUAUCGAUGCGUUUCUUGAAACAGCUCGCAUGAAAUUCGUAGGGUAUACUCUACCAGGUGAUCGGGACAGUCUCGCUGGUUUACCUAAACCCAUCGCUGACGGUGUGAAAACCCUCAAGGAGCAUAUGUACGUCUCCCUAAGCGAGCUGCAAAUCGUUCGCGAGGAAGAAAUAGCAAGGAAUCCUUUAUCUACCAAGGAGUAUGAAAUUGAAGCUACGCCGACUGAGGCACUGUAUCAAGCGAUGCUGCCAAAUCUACCGCAGUAUAUGAUCGCUCUCUUGAAGAUUCUUCUUGCUGCAGCGCCCACGAGCAAGGCAAAGACCGAUUCGAUUAAUAUCAUGGCGGAUGUUCUUCCGGAAGAAAUGCCAAUGACCGUCUUGCAGUCAAUGAAGUUGGGAAUUGAUUUGAAUCGCCACAAAGAGAUUAUCGUUAAAGCAGUUUCUGGUAUUUUGCUGUUGCUGCUUAAACAUUUCAAACUAAAUCAUGUGUAUCAGUUUGAGUUCAUGUCACAACAUCUCGUUUUUGCCAAUUGCAUCCCGCUGGUGUUGAAAUUCUUCAAUCAGAACAUCAUGGCGUACGUCGGCGCGAAAAAUAUGAUUCCAAUUUUGGACUUCCCAUCGUGUGUAAUCGGAGACCAGCCGGAGUUAACAGCGGAAAGUCUUGAAAUUGGUGAUGCCGCACCAUAUUCCUGGCGGAAUGUAUUCUCCUGCAUCAAUUUACUGCGCAUUUUGAACAAGCUAACAAAAUGGAAACAUUCUAGAAUCAUGAUGUUGGUUGUAUUCAAAUCGGCACCUAUAUUAAAACGUACUUUAAAAGUUCGCCAUGCCAUGACACAACUAUAUGUCCUGAAACUUUUAAAAAUGCAAACUAAAUACUUGGGCCGACAAUGGCGUAAAUCCAAUAUGAAAACCAUCAGCGCCAUCUACGCCAAAGUCCGCCAUAGACUCAAUGAUGACUGGGCAUUUGGAAACGAUUUGGACGCGCGCCCGUGGGAUUUCCAAGCAGAAGAAUGCGCACUGCGCACGUCUGUGGAUCGCUUCAAUAAUCGUCGUUAUACGAAUAAGUUGAAAGACGCUGAUUUCGAACCAGUGGAUAAUUGUCUCAGCAGCGUGUUGGGUAGUCGACACGAAUUAUCCGAUAGUUUUAAGAAGCACUAUGCACAAUGGCUGGAGGAAGAAGUGUUCAAUGUCACCAUCGAGUGGGAAAAGCUACUCAUCAACAUCAACAAUGUCUAAUUGGCAUUUGGUAAUGGUAAUACUAACUUAUUUAAUCUAUAUGAUAUAUAAUUGAUUUAAAAUGUGUAUGUAAGUGAUCCCAAGUAAAGGUAGUAAUAAUCUCACUAGAAAA